UCAUCUCCGACGGUCACAGCCUACUCCCCGCCUGCGCUUCUUCCGCGCGCCGCCGUGCCUCGGCCUGGUCGGCGCGCGUGCCGUACAGUGCGCCGCCGCCAGGCACCGCUUCCCCUCUUGGCCACAUCGCGGCAAGCCACACCUCUCCUUGUCUUACGAAUUUGAUCUUGGUUUGUAAAUGGAUUACCAAGGUAACAAUGUUAGGGAUUUCCUUCAUGUUAAUGGACAUGUGGUGCUUGAAAAAGUGGAUAACAACUAUAAUCUAAGAUCUUUCACUGAAAAAGAGAUAGAAGGCAUCACCAGUGGGUAUAGCACCGUGCUGGGAGAAGGGGGGUUUGGUAAGGUUUACAAAGGAAAAUUAGAUGAUCAUCGUCCAGUCGCAGUGAAGAGAUACAAAAAUGGAACCAAGAAAGAAGAGUUUGCCAAAGAGGUGAUAGUGCAUUCCCAGAUAAAUCACAAGAAUGUCGUCAGACUUUUCGGUUGCUGCACGGAGGUAAAUGCUCUUACAAUUGUUAUGGAGUUUGUAUGCAAUGGCAACCUCUAUGACAUCCUUCACUGCACCAGCAAUGCUAAUGGUUCUGUCCCCUUCCCUUUGGACAAACGUUUGGACAUCACCAUUGAGUUAGCUGAAGUAUUAUCAUGCAUGCAUUCAAUGUAUAGUCCUGUUCUUCAUGGUGACAUCAAACCCGCUAACAUACUGCUAGAUGAAAAUCUUCGACCAAAGCUAUCGGAUUUUGGGAUAGCAAGAUUGCUUGCUGCCGACGAGACUCAGCAUACCAUACAUGUCAUUGGUUGCAUAGGUUACAUGGACCCUUUUUUCUACCAGAGUGGGAUUCUAACUCCGAAGAGCGAUGUAUACAGUUUUGGAGUCGUUUUGCUGGAAAUCAUCACCCGAAGGAAAGCCGUGGACGGGGAUAUCAUCCUUACCCAAAGUUUCGCCGAAGCCCUGAGAAAAGGGAAAAAAGUGAGACAAAUGUUUGAUGGAGAAAUCAUGAAUGAUAAAAGAAACAUGAAAUUUCUUGAAGAUGUCGCAAAACUAGCAGCCGAAUGCUUGAAAAUGGAGGGCAAAAUGCGUCCAGAAAUGGUUGAAGUAGCAGACAGACUUAGGACAAUUAGAAAAGCUUACCAUCAGGUCAAGGGCAGAAAUUCCACAGGUAGCAACUCUGGACUUACACCAUAUGUGGUACCGACCAUUUCCAUGGAUGAACUUAAGGAAAUAACGAGGAACUUUAGCAAUGAUGCUCUAAUAGGAGCUGACUUAUACGGUCAAAUGUUUUCCGGAGUGCUGAGAAAUGGACAUAAAUCCAUGAUCAAGAAGCUUAGGCCUGGUGAAGAAUUUAUUUUGGAGGUUCCGGUGGUCUCAAGAUUCAUACAUGAGAAUGUUCUCCAGCUUCAUGGAUACUGUGUUGAAGGAGACAACUACGUUCUUGCUUACGAAUAUGCAUCCAGGGGAUCCUUGCAUGAUAUUCUUCAUGGUAAAAAGAAUGUUGGAGGAGCCGAACCAGGAUUGGUCCUAUCAUGGGAGCAACGAGUGAAGAUUGCCAUGGGUGCUGCAACUGGGCUUCAGUUCCUCCAUAAUAAGGCACAGCCUUGCAUUAUCCAUGGUGGCAUCAAAUCGAGCAGCAUAUUUUUCUUUGACAGCGACAUUGCAAAGAUUGGUUACCCUGGUGUUUCCAGAAAGACCCGUGCCCACAUAAAGAAUAUUUUUUUGGAUUGUCCACCCGGUUGUCCUCAAACAACCAGUUUUGGUCCUGACGCGCCUGAGUAUGCAAUGACCGGUCAACUUUCUACAAUGAGUGAUGUCUACAGCUUUGGGGUUGUGCUGCUGGAAAUUUUAACCGGUCGAAAGGCAAUUGAUUUUACACUACCCCAUGGCCAACAAUCCAUUGUGGCAUGGGUAUGU